CCCCACCCGGCGGUUGCCCGGGAGACCGGGGCUGUUUACCAGCGGGACGGCGCCGGGGCGCAGGCGGCGGAUGGAGCGGAGCAGCCAGGGGUCUUGAGAAGCAAUGGCCACAGAAGCCCCUGUGAACAUAGCACCACCUGAACGCAGCGCUGCUGUCAGCUCCGCAGCCGACAGCUUCGUUUGGCAGCCAAAGCCACUAAACAUGCACGUCACAAGGCCCAAGUCUGCCAAGGGACGGACACGGCCGAGUCUGCACAAAUCCCAGGGCACAGGGGUGUGCUUUCCCCAAAUACCGUCUUCUCCGCCUCCAGCCAUUCCCUGUGAGUCGCCAAGCAGCCAAAAGCCAGUAGCUUGUGCACCCAAAUCUCCAAAACAGGGAGCUUUGGAUGAGAUCCCUGAGUCGCUGCUGCAGCAAGUGCCUCAUGGGGCUUCCUCUUCUCUCAAUAAAUACCCCGUCCUUCCUUCCAUCAGCAGGAAGAGCCUGGAGGAGGGGGCUGUGGACACAGUCGCUGAGCAGGCCAGCUCGCUGCAGCUGAGCAGCAUCCGGGCUCUUUACCAAAAGGAGACCUGCACCUUGAAGACAAGUGAAGAAGCUUCCAGAGCUCAAGCUUAUGCCUUGGAGAGGAAAUUCAUCAUGCAUAGCAAGAGACAGGGCUCCUCCAGGCCCAGAAACCUGGAGGAACCAUCAGACCAAGAACCAAGGCUGCUGCUUGCCGUCAGAUCUCCAUCAGGCCAAAGGUUUGUACGGUAUUUCCGGCCAACUGAUGAUUUGCAAACCGUCGUUGCGGUGGCUGAACAAAAGAACAAAACCUGCUAUGGACACUGCAGCAUCGAAACCAUGGAGGUGCCCAGGAGACGUUUUUCUGACCUCACCAGAUCUCUGCAAGAGUGCAGAAUCCCCCACAAGUCGGUGCUGGGCAUCUCACAGGAAGACAUGGAGGGGUGGCCCUGAGUCCACAGCCACCCAGCUGGGGUCCUGGGUCUCUGAGCAAGGAGCAUGCUUGGGUGCUGUGGCCUCCCGAGCAGCCUGGUUCCAAGUGCCAUAUGGACCUGGUGCAGCUGGGAUCCUUGGGACUUUUGUCCCCAUAGCAUACCCUCUGAAGCAGUGACAUCCGCACUCGCACCGAGUGCGCCAAGAAGACUCCAUUCCAGCUGCUCCAUUCUCUCCACCGCAGGAGUGGACUGCAAGUCACCAAGGCUCUUCCUGAAACAGCUGUGGCCACAACUUCUCCUCUCCAGAGUUUUGGGGGCUUCUAAAAUACUGGUCCCUUCUGGAGCACCUGCUUGCCUUUGCUAUGAACUCUGAUUCUCCUGAAGCCGAUGGUUUGCCAUUCUAUACCUGAUGCAGGAUUAAACACGUCCCAGAGGAUUCUAGUCUGGUAAAUAACCAGGGUGUAAGAAAUAUCUAACUGGCAUUUGUAUUUCUUGCAAGUAUCUUUACGAAACAGGCAGUUGACCCUGUCUUUGGAAGCAGCCCCUUUGCUGGGCUUCAGUGGUCGGAGUUUCUUGGAGAGCACUUACUUGUGCGGUAUGGCAUCAAAGAGAGAAUGGGCCUUCUUCUGCCCCAGCACCUCAACGUUUCUAGAAUAGUCCUAGGGCUUCCAAGACGAUGGAUGUGCAGAAUUGUUCUAAAACUGAGAAAAGCCAGUGUAAUCUGAUUUCUUUUGCUUUUGUCAGUAAUGGAAUCUUUUGUUUUUAAAAUGCACAAAGGCUCUAGCCUCUGCAGGUUUGUGCUAACGGCCCCCUGGGCGUAGCUGGGUGUGGACGGGUUGUUUCAUUCCCCAGUUUCAGUGUCUCCCCUACUUCACACAUGGAAGGUCCUUUGGAGCAGUGAGAGCGGGGCCCUGUUCUCUGCUGUAGAAUCUUCUGGAGGAGGAGGAGGUGCCUCGGAUCGGUGUGGCUCCGCUGUGCGCUGAGAGACCGUGUGCCCAAGCGCCUGGCUGACUGGCACGGAACGCAUCUGACUGCUUCAGCCUGCGCAGCUCUGAAGACCACGGAGUCUUGUUUUUCCAACUCUGAGGUGGCGAUGUGGGCAACUUGCCAAAGUUCUCUCGUGUUGCAAGUGUAGCCAGACUCCCAUGACUCACCCCGAUCCCCCAUAUGGCCAAAUCGUCAUUCAGAGUAGGGAGCACUCAGACGUUCUGGGCACCGAGACCCCCAGAGCCCGGCCAUCACAAAGCCCUGAGUCCCGGUACGUGCCUCCACCUCCCAGGUACACAGAGACGACAGGGAUCAGGACUUCUAGAAGCAUAUCCACGUGGCUGCCUCAGCAACAGGUGCACUUUGUGCACAGAUAAAGCACGCGGUUAGAACUGUUACUUCUAGCACCCUGACACUUGGCAGUGGAGAUUAGCAUCACCGAGGCUUGCUGAGAAGAAGGCUCGCCUUGUCCUGGCUGCGUCCCGCACCACGCAGAUCACUCCGGAAUAGGUUAUUUCUGAAUAUUUCACAAAAUUUCUUCGUACCAUCCUGGCUUGGUCGGCCGCUCCCUUGGAAAGGUCAGCUGGGGCUGGCAGUGCCUUGGGCGGGCCCACACAAGCGGCCACCUCCUCCAGCUACUGGCCACAGCGGGAGGGACCUGAGCCCGGCACCUACGGUACAGGAGUUUCACCGCCCACCAGGACUGAGCCACGCAUCUCUCUGCCUCUGAUCUCGGAGGCUGGGGGAAGAGCCUCCCAUAAAAUCACACCCACUCGGUGGUAAGAAUAAAAUCCCACCCACCCGGGACUUGGUAAUUUUUCCAGACGGAAAAGCUUUAGAAAACUUGAGCGAAGUGGAGCAUGCUUGAAGGAAUUAGAGUCUUCUGCACUUAGGAUUUUGUUGCUGCUAUUUAGCUUAGAAUUUUGGGUGGUGAAAAAAUAAAUGGAAGGCAUGAAACAUAGAAAUAUCUUAGGAUAUUUUAGGGUAUAUGAAGAAAGCUAGAUUUGAACCAUCGUAAUAAACUUUUUUUUUUUUUGACAAAAGAUGAUGAUACUAACAAUAAAAACCAAUUUGUGUGAAACUA